UGCUUCUGUUAAGCAUUUUUUGUAACAAUAGCAUCAUUAGUUCGACAGCUGAUGAUAAGAAAUGCUUUAAAAUAUGUGGAGAAGAUAACGUUUAUCUUUUUUUCUGGUUCUAGAUUCUACUAUUUAUUACAAACAGACAAGAAUGUUAUUUUGAGUCAAUGGAAGACAAUAACCUAAACUCACAAAACAUGAUAGACAUCAAAUAUGAAUCAACAAUGGAUUAUUAUAUGUUUUCUAAUAGCAUGUGUACAUUUAACGCAUCAGAUCUCAACACCAGAGUCACCAACUUAUACAGCAGCUGUAGUAGAAUAUCAUCCAAAAUAUGUAAUAAAUGGUAGCGAAACCUUAAAAAGCAAUUCUGAUGCAUAUGUCAAGCACAUUCGAACAGCUAGUGAAAUGAAUGCUGACAUAAUUGUUUUCCCUGAAGAUGGAUUAACAACAGUGCAAGUUUCCAGAAAGGAAAGAAAAGAAAUGCAAGAUUGGACAACCACUAUCCCUGCUGCUUCAUUUAAUUAUACACCUUGUACUGACAAUACUGAAGUCAGCGAUGCACUGAGAAAGAUAUCGUGUGCUGCCAGAGACAAUAACAUCUAUGUAGUAAUCAAUAUUGCUGAGAAAUUGCCUUGUACUGGAAAUGCAUGUCCAACAGAUAAAAUGUUUUAUUAUAAUACCAAUGUUGUAUUUGAUCGCACAGGAAAAAUUAUCGCCAGAUACCGUAAAACGAAUCUUUAUGGGGAACAAGUAUUUAAUGUGACACCAGAGCCUGAAAUAGUGAUUUUUGAUACUGAUUUUGGAGUCAAAUUUGGAACUUUUACAUGUUUUGAUAUAUUAUUUUAUGAGCCUGCGUUAAAAUUAACAAGGUUUUAUAAUAUUACUGACAUUGUAUUUCCUACAGCAUGGUUUUCUGAAGCACCAUUUUUAACAGCUGUACAAACACAAACAGGAUGGUCGUUUAGUGAAGAUGUAAAUUUUUUAGCUUCUGGUUAUAACGACCCUGCUGCUGGCAGUACUGGUAGUGGAAUUUAUUUAGGUCGUAGAGGAAUAGGUGAAGCUAUAAUGUCUAACAUUAUAUAUGACGAUGUAUUGGUAUUUGAAGUACCUAAAAAGAAAAGUAAAUUUAACAAGAAUUACGAUCAUUCAAAAGAUGAAAAAAUUUACGAUUAUAAAGAGAAAAAUAUACAUCAAGAAAAGCCAUUUAAUAGCAUAACGGAAAAUAAUGAUAACUUAUUUUUAUUACGCGAUAAUAUUGGUGCUUUUGCAACGUCUUCCUUGGAAGGAAAUGUCAGUCAGGCAACUGUUUGCAAGAAUAAGUUCUGCUGUGAUUUUAAAAUAGAUGUGAAAAUAAUAGAUCCGAGUACAAAAUAUCGUUUAGUAAGUUUUAGUGGUAAUCGUUUGUAUGGUACUGUUGAAGCUAGUGCACGCGCUUGCGGUAUAAUUCAAUGCUCAAAUGAGUCGAUCUCAUCAUGUGGUUCUGUACAAAAAUCGAAAACAGUAUUCAGGAGUAUUGAAAUCGCGGCAACGUUCCACGAUUAUCAGAACAUUUUGAUCAUGCCAUCCACAUUAAAUUCAGAUUUAUUUCCGCUUUCUGAAAACUGGACAUAUGAUGAACAUGUUCAUAACGAUCAUGUGCACAUUAGUAUGAACUUAAAUAACAAUACAAAUAAUUUAGUAACAUUUGGAAUAUAUUCUAGAUACGACAAUAAAAACAGCGCAAGUGGAGCAGCUUUUAAUGCUAUCUAUUAUUUCAUAGCAUUAUUAGUGCAUUUGUAUCUAUUAAAAUUGUGUUAAUUUGUAUACUUUACACAUACAACAAUAUUUUAUACA